CUUUCUCACACUUACUCUCGCCUUAGGCAUUUAUCGCCAAAACAAUGUCAUCUCAACAACCACAAUCCCCACAACCCGACAUUGAAAAAUACCGAAAAACAGUCCACAAUGUCGCCCUCGCCGCCCUCGUCACUUGUCCCAUCCUAGCUCUCCUCCCACCUCGCAAGCUCGACAUUUACACAAUAGGCCUGAUCGCCACGACAGGCUACUCAGCGAACUAUCUGGUCCGCGAACGUAGUGGAAGAUCUAUUUGGCAGACUGUGACGCGGCAACCUGCAGCAUUCCCUGCCUCGCGAACAGAGCAGAGCGUUGUGGGAGAAAUUCAGAAAGAGGGACGUUUAGGGCGUGAGUAUCAGUCUGGAUGGAAGGCUGAGAGGCAGAAAGAGAUUAAAGAGGAUGUUGAGGAGGGCAAGGACUUUUCGGAUAUGAUUAUUGAUCAGAUUUGGGAGGUGUGGAAUCAAGGGAAGGGGAAGAAGGAGGAUGAGGAUUGAGUAGACGGAUGCUGGCAGCAGAGCGAUGCUCGUGGAGAUAUGAGACAGACUUGAGCACAUGCUUUCCGCCUGUUGAGCUAAGUAUGCUGGCUCGGACCACUUCUUGACGCGUACAGACUGGUGGACGCGUCGAAGUGAAGCUGAGCUACAGCACCGACCUACACCUGGGCAAGCUCCGUAUGUUUCUGGUGCGAACUGGAAUUCGCUGGCGGCUCUACCUGAGGCCUUGUAGCUCUGAGA